AUGGUUAAGAAAAAGAAAUCUCCCUUCAGUGGGCAUCACCUUGAACAAAAUUACUUGAUUGAAAAGCGUUUCGAUACAUUUUUUGUGAUGAAGAUAAUAUCUUCUGAAAAUCAGACAUUUCAUUCUGUUUCCCCUUUUCUUGUGGAAAAGGGUAUAUCUGGUCAAUUAGGUGCAGUAUCAUCUAUUCGAAAAUUACGUUCCGGGGAUUUGCUUAUCGAAGUUUCUUCCGAAAAGCAGGUUCAGCAGAUAAUGAAAAUAAAAUCCAUUGGCAGCAUUCCAGUAUCAGUUACUCCACAUAGAACUCUAAAUUUUACCAAAGGAGUUAUCUCAUGUGGAGAACUGUUCAAUACACCUGUUGAACAAAUUACCAAAGAUUUGAAUAGCCAAGGAGUCACUAAUGUUCGACGUAUCACAAUACGAAAGGAUGGGCAAUUGCUUAAUACAAAGCAUCUCAUUCUUACUUUUCAUUCGCCAAAAUUACCAGGGUUCAUUAAAGCUGGAUACAUGAAUUUACCCGUUAGGCCGUACAUCCCAAAUCCUUUGCGAUGCUUUAAAUGCCAGAGAUUUGGUCAUUCCAAAGCUUCCUGCCGCGGGACUCUUGCAUGCGCCCGUUGUGCUGAAGGUGGUCAUGAAAGUUCCGAAUGUACCGCACCGGAAAAGUGUGUUAAUUGUAAAGGGCAACAUACUUCCUUUUCGCGCUUAUGUCCUUCGUGGCAGUUUGAAAAGGAAGUAGUGUCUGAAAAAGUGACCAAAGGAAUAUCUUAUAUUCAAGCUAAGCAAAGUGUUAAAUCUCGUGCAACCACUUCUGGAUUAACUUACGCAACUGCUACUAAAAAAGGUACCCAUGUCUUGCACCCUGAAAUUGACACAGAAAUGACUAUUUCGAGUACUUCAGAGGACAUGCUGGAGUACGACAUGAGUGGGGAACUCGAAGAGACAUCUGAAGAUGUCGAGCCUGCGUCGCCGCCUUCGACGCCAGGACAAGGAGGAGGUGGUCCAGGAGGACUUCGCUGA